AGGUUGGUACACAGUUUUCACAGUUGUGCUCUUCAUUUCAUUUAACAGCGAGAAUGGAUAUGCUUCAAAUUGCCUACGGUGUGCAGGUCGUCGGGUUCGUGGCUGAUGUUAUUGCCUUAGCUACAGUUGGCUGGUUGACGCAAUAUGAUAGAAAAAUAGGAUUAUUUAAGAUGUGCACAAGUCUCAGAUGUUAUGAUGUUACGUUCACUGGGAGACUGAAGACCAUGCAGGGUGCGGCCUGUCUUGGGUUCAUCCUGCUAUUAGUUGCUGUCAUUAUGGCAACUGUGUAUAUAUUCAAACAAAAUGUGAGAGCUAAUAAAAAAUAUCGAUGGGCAGUGGCAAUACUGGUGUUAUUAGGAGGUAUAUUUGCAUCUGUCGGUCCACUUUUUGGCUUCGGGGUUGCAGGCUAUUCUCCAAGCUAUUCGUUAUUCAUAGGUUUAUUGGCGGGAAUCCUGUCUAUAGUUGCUGGUAGUUUGCACAUAGUUGAUGUGAAAAGAACAGUCUUCGAAUGAGGAUAUUUCCAUUUCCAAGGUGUCAAACCAAGUACAACGUUUUUUUCCCGUUUAAUUUGCACUAUUAAAAAAAAAAAAAAAUUGUAAAGAAAAUUAAUAUUUUUCAAAUUUUUUUUUUGUGUUUCAAAAUAAACGAUUUCAUAAGUUUAU